AUGGCAAAGGAUUACAACGGAUCACCAAAGCAUUAUAAUCAACUGGAAACCAAGAGAAAGCGCCUCACUUGUAUCUUAGGGGUCAGUGGAUUGUGCAUUUUGUCUUAUAUAAUUGGCGCAAGACAAAAUACCGUUGCCCCUCCUGACCGAUCCCAGGCUUACUCAAAAGUGGAUUGUGAUGUUGGAGGGUCACCUACAUUAAACACAGCAGGAAGUUCUUCUUCUGCUAUUAUUCCAUCUUCCACUGUUUUGGACUUUGAAGCUCAUCAUCAAAUUGAGAUUAACAAUUCAAGUGGGCUCCAGAAUUUUUCACCAUGUGACUUAUCACUCAGUGAAUAUACUCCUUGCCAAGAUCGAGACAGAGGAAGGAGAUUUGACAGAAACAUGCUGAAAUAUAGGGAAAGACACUGUCCAACGAAAGAAGAACAGCUUUUUUGUCUUAUACCUGCCCCACCAAAUUAUAAGACACCUUUUAAGUGGCCUCAGAGUCGAGAUUAUGCUUGGUAUGAUAAUAUUCCACAUAAGGAACUGAGCAUAGAAAAGGCUAUUCAGAAUUGGAUUCGAGUUGAAGGUGACAGAUUCAGAUUUCCUGGAGGAGGUACGAUGUUUCCUAAUGGAGCUGACGCAUAUAUUGAUGACAUCAAUGAACUCAUUCCUCUUACCAGUGGUAAUAUCAGAACUGCAAUUGACACCGGCUGUGGUGUAGCAAGUUGGGGUGCAUAUUUGUUGAAAAGGGACAUCAUUGCAAUGUCUUUCGCGCCAAGAGAUACACAUGAAGCUCAAGUCCAAUUUGCUUUAGAAAGAGGUGUUCCCGCCAUGAUUGGCAUUAUGGGUUCCCAAAGGCUUCCUUACCCAGCCAGGGCGUUUGAUAUGGCCCACUGUUCUCGUUGCCUCAUACCUUGGAGCAAAAAUGAGGGUUUGUAUUUAAUGGAAGUGGAUAGAGUUCUGAGGCCAGGUGGUUAUUGGAUUCUGUCUGGCCCGCCUAUUCGAUGGAAGAAAUAUUGGAGAGGAUGGGAAAGAACUCAAGAAGAUCUAAAGCAGGAGCAAGACGCUAUUGAGAACACAGCCAAACAUAUCUGUUGGAAGAAAGUCAUUGAGAAAGAUGACUUAGCUAUUUGGCAAAAACCUAUCAACCAUAUGGAAUGUGUGCAAAAUCGAAAGGUUUAUAAAACUCCACACAUUUGCAAGUUAGACAAUCCCGACAUGGCUUGGUAUAGAGAUCUAGAAAGCUGCAUUACGCCAUUGCCUGAGGUUAGCAACUCUGACGAAGUGGCUGGUGGGGCAUUAGAGAAAUGGCCUCAGCGUGCAUUUUCCCUCCCUCCUCGAAUUGCUUCUGAUUCCCUUCCAGGGAUUAAUGCUGAGAAAUUUCAAGAGGAUAAUGAUGAAUGGAAGAACAGGAUAACACAUUACAAGCGAAUCAUUCCACUUUCCCAAGGAAAAUACAGAAACAUUAUGGACAUGAAUGCUUAUCUUGGAGGCUUUGCGGCUGCCUUGUCCAAAUAUCCAGUUUGGGUUAUGAACAUUGUGCCUUCCAAUUCAAACCCAGACACUUUAGGAGCAAUCUAUGAGCGAGGUUUCAUUGGGACAUACCAUGAUUGGUGUGAAGCUUUCUCAACCUAUCCAAGAACCUAUGAUCUCAUCCAUGCCAAUGGUGUAUUUAGCAUAUAUCAAGACAGGUGCGAUAUUACUUUGUUGCUAUUGGAAAUGGACAGAAUUUUGAGGCCAGAAGGUACAGUUAUAUUUAGGGAUACUGUAGAGAUUCUUGUGAAGAUCAAAGCUAUUACUGAUGGGAUGAGAUGGAAAAGCCACAUUAUGGAUCACGAAAGUGGCCCUUUCAACCCAGAAAAAAUCCUACUUGCAAUGAAAAAUUAUUGGACUGGCAAUGAAAAAGAGAAGCAAAACUAG